AUGAGUCUCAAUCAGCUUUACGACUGGUUCGAAUGCCACGUGGACGAUGGCGUGCCCUGGGUCAAGAGCAGCAUCCGCCACACUCUCUGUGUACACCAGGCAUUCAUCAAGAGUCAAAGCGGCCGGUCGAAUUGGCGUCUGUCGUCGAAUCUGCAACAUAGCGUUAAAUCGAUGAGUCCGCCUCAUAAGUCCGUCACACCAUCUUUUCACACCGAAUUCUCUUCGAAACCAGGGCGGCACGAGACCACCUUCGACGAUCAUUGGCUUGGAGUCCCUCUCGAAAGUAUACCCGAGCUAGAUGGAACUUCAGCGUUUGCAUUGCAUACCUCUAUGGCCACUGUAGACGAGCAAUCAGUCGUGGACAACCCGGGUACAGACUUUCAACUGCCCCCCUCAGUGGUCUGCUUCUCAUGCCUGCUAAGUAGCGAUUCGCAAUGUGACGGCCAGAGCCCUUCUUGCAAUCAAUGCUUGCGGCUUGGCUUGACGUGUGAGGAACGACGACCAAGUUUUAGCGGCAGACAAAAUGUUCCUCAGGGUUCCUCCUAA